ACGGAGCCAGCUAAAUCACGUAACUAGUCACCAAAUAUGAACUCUCAAGUGUGUUUGGCUCUACUCCUCUCCAUGGGGUCUGUUUACCAGACAAUUACCAAUGCUGUUCUUAUGGAAAAACUGGCAAACAGCAAAACCUGUGCAGAUGACGAGUGCUCAUAUGCUCUAUCUUUGGCGAUUGCUCUGGAUGACUUUAUGGCCCCUGACUGUAGAUUCAUCAACAUCAAGAAGGGCCAGACGAUCUACGUGUACUCUAAACUUACACCAGAGGAGGGUGCUGGAGUCUUCUGGUCAGGAAGUGUUUACAGCGAGCGGUAUGUGGACCAAAUGGGCAUCCUUGGAUACUUCCCCAGCAACUUAGUGAAGGAGACUGUCAAGUUUAAAAAGAAUACUGAUACUGUAAUGAUCCCUACAACCGAUGUUGACUUUUACUGUUUUUGAAUAUAUGGUUCAUUUAGAGUGCAAUGUGUGUUUUAGCUGUUUUGUUUUAUUCAGAGAAUUACAAAGAAAAUAUUUGGACAAAUAGAUCUCUUUGAUCUGUGAAUGAAAAAAAAAACAUUUGUAUUUUGAUUUACAUGUUUUUAACAACAAACAUAUUUUCUCUUUAUACAGGAUUGCUAUGACUAAUACUUUAGGCCAUACUGUUUAGAAGUUCAGAGUUAUGGGUGUGGUGUUGGAAUUUGUCUGAAUGGAAGUUACUGGGUUUCCAAGAACAAACCCCACAAUAACAUCAUGUUGCCUGGGUAAUGUUAGAUUCAGAGGGAACCUUUUACUACUAUUUAGUCUUUUUUACAUUCUAUCAUGAAUGGACUUAGGUAUAUUAGGCAUUAGGUACAUAAUGGGAUAAUCAUAUAUGUAUCAUGACUGUAAUCAUAACUGUUGUAGUCAUGUAUUGUAAAUGUUGUUCCUAUCCUGUGCUGUAUGUGUUAUCAGUGUAAUCAGAGCAAUGGUAAUAAUGUAUCACGUAUUGCAAUUAUUGCUGUUAUGUGUAACCAACUGUGGUCUGGGAGGAAGGUCAUGACUGAUGAACCAGCAGGGGGCUAGACAAGACACGGCAUGCAUUAAUUGACAUGUCACAGAGACAAGACACGGCAUGCAUUAAUUGACAUGUCACAGAGACAAGACACGGCAUGCAUUAAUUGACAUGUCACAGAGACAAGACACGGCAUGCAUUAAUUGACAUGUCACAGAGACAAGACACGGCAUGCAUUAAUUGACAUGUCACAGAGACAAGACACGGCAUGCAUUAAUUGACAUGUCACAGAGACAAGACACGGCAUGCAUUAAUUGACAUGUCACAGAGACAAGACACGGCAUGCAUUAAUUGACAUGUCACAGAGACAAGACACGGCAUGCAUUAAUUGACAUGUCACAGAGACAAGACACGGCAUGCAUUAAUUGACAUGUCACAGAGACAAGACAGCAUGCAUUAAUUGACAUGUCACAGAGACAAGACAGCUAGCAUUAAUUGACAUGUCAUAGAGACAAGACAGCAUGCAUUAAUUGACAUGUCACAGAGACAAGACACAGCAUGCAUUAAUUGACAUGUCACAGAGACAAGACAGCAUGUGUGACAUAACUUGCCUACAUUCUACAUAAAUAUAUUUACAUAUAUUAUGUAAACAUAUAUUUACAAUUGUUAUUUUGGAAGUUUCAUAAAAAUGUACUAUGAACUGUUA